CAAACACCGCAGUGGGUACAUCCUGCUCCGCCUUAUGGGUUUAUCAUCCUUAACCUUAAACUGGUGUAUCCUAUGUUUUCUACUGGUUUAUGCGGCAGCUUCUGGUGUCGAGAACCAAACAAUAGUAUGUCCAUUCCGUAGCAUAUACCAGUUUGGUGCUUCCCUCUCCGACACCGGAAACUUGAUACGAGUGGGUGCCAUUGGUCCAACCCUGCCUGCUGCUCGUCUUCCCUAUGGUAUAACUUUCCCCGGCAGGCCUACCGGCCGCUGGUCCGAUGGCCUCCUUAUCGUUGACUUUAUUGCUGGAGCUGUUGGGCUCCCCUUGUUAAACCCGUACUUGGACAAGAAUGCUUCCUUCAGUAACGGUGUGAAUUUCGCGGUGGCCGGUAGUACUGCACUCGAUAUUGGUUUCCUAGCACAAAAGGGUGUUGUUGUCCCAAGUAUUCUCGUCCCUCUUAGCGGACAGAUCAACUGGUUCAAAACUUACCUCUCCACCUCCUCCGCCCCGUCAGACAGGGUGAAGACAAGUCUGUUUUUUGUUGGUGAGAUUGGACGAAAUGACAUAACUUACGCGUUACUACAAGGAAAAACCAUUCAAGAUGUGGCCGCGGCGCUCGUGCCCGACAUAACUACCGCUAUUGUCAAUGCUGUCAGAGAAGUUAUCCAGCUGGGUGGCAGGCGUAUUGUAGUACCUGGGACUUUUCCGUUAGGAUGUUUUCCUAAUCUGUUGAGUCAACUCGGGACCGAGGAUCCUGAGGAUUACGAUGAACUAGGAUGUCUGCGCAGCAUCAACAACCUUACCGUCUUCAGAAACAACCAUCUCCAACAAGCUUUGGCAUCGCUUAGAAAGGAAUUUUCAGAUGCCGUCAUCCUUUACGCCGAUUACUACGCAGCCUUCCAAUCGUUUCUUGGUCGCGCGCCUUUGCUUGGGUUCGACCGAAAAAGGUUACAGACGACCUGCUGCGGGAGCGGUGGAGGGAAAUAUAACUAUGAUAGAAACAGGGGAUGUGGGUCCCCAGGCGUGAUUUCCUGUCCAAACCCACCUCAAUACGUACACUGGGACGGCGUACAUUUAACUCAGGCAGCUUACCGUGCCAUAUCACGAAUAGCCAUUCCCAACAUCCUCUCUAGAAUUCAGUGUUUUUAAUGUAAUACCGUGCCAUAGGUCCCCUAUUGUCGCCCAUUCCAACUAUAUAUUGGACCUAUAUAUAAUAAUAAUGUUGUAAUUCGGCUUUUAUAUUUAUUUAUUUUUCCUUGAAA